AUGUCAGAUGACAACUUAUGGUAUGAAGGGAUCCCUUUCCCGAAGAAGGGUUAUAACACUGAGAUCCUAAGGAAAGCACGUGAAGCACUUGUGAUAAAGGAUGAAGAUGUAUUAAUAAUCACUUUCCCCAAAUCAGGAACACACUGGUUGGUUGAGAUUCUCUGCCUGAUUCACUCCAAGGGGGAUACCAAGUGGAUCCAGUCUGUGCCCACGUGGGAACGCUCACCCUGGAUAGAGACUGAGCCCAGGUUUGCAUCAGCAAAUAAGAAGGAGGGCCCACGCUUGCUCAGCUCCCACCUCCCCAGCCAUCUCUUCCCCAAGUCUUUCUUCAGUUCCAAGGCCAAGGUGAUUUAUCUCAUUAGAAAUCCCAAGGAUGUUAUUAUAUCUGGCUAUUUCUUCUGGAGUUCAGUGAAUUUCGCUAAGAAACCAAAGUCACUGGAACAAUUUCUUGAAUGCUUCCUGGAAGGAAAUGUGCCAUAUAGGUCAUGGUUUGACCAUGUUCACGGCUGGGUGUCCAUGAGAGAGAGGGAGAACUUCCUGAUGCUGAGUUAUGAAGAGCUGAAAUGGGACACAGAGAGAACUGCGGGGAAGAUCUGUCAGUUCCUGGGUAAGAAGGUAGAGCCAGAAGAACUCAGCCUAAUCCUCAAGAAUAGCUCCUUUGAGGUGAUGAAAGAAAACAAGAUGUCCAAUUUCUCCAUGAUGAAAUCUCAGUAUUUAGUUCACACAAACCCACUUAUGAGAAAAGGCAUAACUGGGGACUGGAAAAACUACUUCAUGGUGGCCCAAGCUGAAGCCUUUGAUAAACUAUUCCAGGAGAAGAUGGCAGAUCUUCCUCCAGAGCUAUUCCCCUGGGAAUAA